AUGCUUCCCCAGAAAAAAUGUUGUUUCUACAGGUCAACCCCUAGGGAAACUAUGGCCUGGUCCCAAUCUGUGGAUACGCUACUAGCCAAUAAAGACGGCUUGGCCGCCUUCAGAGCGUUUCUGAAGUCCGAGUUCAGCGAGGAGAACAUUGAGUUCUGGCUGGCCUGCGAGGACUUCAAGAAAACCACGUCCUCUGCUAAGAUUGCCUCAAAAGCCCAAAAGAUUUAUUCUGACUUCAUACAAGCUGAUGCUCCAAAGGAGAUAAAUAUUGACUAUCACACCAGAAACCACAUCUCUCAGAGUAUCUCAGAGCCCAGCCUCAGCUGCUUUGACGACGCGCAGAGGUUGGUCUAUGGUCUCAUGGCAAAGGACUCCUUCCCCAGGUUUCUCAGGUCAGAGGAGUAUAAGGAACUAGUGAACAAGCAACAGGAUGGGAACCAGAAAAGACGGCUCCCGUUUCUGUGA